AUGAGGGCGACGCCCAAGCCUGAACAACACCCCGUCACAAUCACAAAGAACUUGAGCACCCCAGGUCACGAAUUUCCGGGCUCCUAUCCCAGGGAACAUGAACAAGAGCUGCAACAUCAAUCCUGCGGCGAUGGAUUUGAGGGCCCUGCGGCUGCCACCUCAGUUGCUCAAACAGCAAGGCAGUACAUAUCGGAACCUGUGGAGCGCACCGUCGAGUAUGCUGGCCAGACAGCAGCUGCAUACUUUCCUAUCCCUCAGGGCGUCAAAAUACGGUGGCUUCCUAUUGGUUUGGACCAACAACUGUCUACUUCUCUUCCAAGUUCAGAGUUAAAGGGCGCCCAACCCCACGAACAUGUUGGCGGUGUUGGUUCCUUGCCAGGAACUAUCUCAGAAUCAAGCGUCGCUUUACUACCCGAUGAACGGGCAGAGAGAGAUACUCAAAGACCGAUAAGAUUGAAAAGGACGAGUCUCAAACACGAGGGUGAUAAUCAAGCGAAGGGCGCUGGUGCUGCUGCGGUUGCUGCGAAGCCAGAAGUAAGUCAGGUCUGUCUCCACCUUGACAUCUUCCCUUCUUUUUCGAUGUUUAUUUUGAGCGAGUUGAUGCAAGCCAUGAUGCACUGCAUUUUCGGCGCUGACUCGGAGAUUGUGGUGCCCGCGGACGAGGGGCUAGUUUGUUUCGCUUCUCUUCAUCUUCUUCGUUCUCUUCGUUUCUCGCCUGCCUUUGGCAGCUGGCAUCUUCCCAAUUCUGUCUUAUUUGCGGGAGCAUGCUGCAUGUCAUGGGCUUAUUACCAGACACUGACAGGUUCGAUCAUGAUCGUACCAAGUCAUUUUCUCUGUUAUUCUGGUCGUGACAUUCAGUCAUGA